AUGGACCGGCACUUACACGACAACUGUAGCGACUGCUACCACCACACGACUACAAUUAAUGUGGCAUGGACUGGUUCGUACACGGCCACUUACUCCACUGAAUUGGUUACUACCACUGGUGCUGAUGGUGUUAUAACUAUCGAAGCGGUAUAUCAUGUGAAAACCCCUGCUGUGGGGUCUUCCAAUACCAAAAUCUCCACACAGCUAAACAACAAUACUAUCAAUGGUGCCGAUGUCGUUCCUAAUGUUCAUACGACCAUGCCAGUAGAGACUACAGAGGUCGGAAACCCCUCUAUAAUCAAUUCUCCAUGGACUGGCACAUAUGCUACCACAUACUCUACGGAAUUUGUCACUGUGACUGGUACAGAUGGUAUCGUAACUCUUAAAGCAGUGUACCAUGUAGAAACACCUGCUAUGGCAUCUUCGAACGCCAAAACCCCCACAGAGACGAGCAACAAUAGUGCUACCAGCGCAGAUAGUGUUAUCAAUGUUCAGACCACUAAUCAUGUUGUAACCGGUGGGAUUGGAAGUACCUCUAAGGUAAAUAUUCCAUGGACUGGCACUUACACCACUACCUACUCGACAGGGGCCAUUACUUCCACUUUUUCUGACGGUAUACAGGCUGUCCAAACAGCUUUCUACGUUAAAACUCCAGAGAUGAGCUCUUUUGGUUUUGGUUACAGUAAUAGUUCAAGUACUAUUUCCCAUAGUACUGAUUCAAAUGACAAUAAAAGUCUUCAAGAUGAAACAUCCAAACCCUUAGACAAGAUAUCUGUUACCUCAGGAAGUGCAAUGAUCCAUCCUAUGACAGAGACAAACGUGCAAAUGUCUCAAGAAACAAUUUCUAAUAGACCAACGACUUCUAGAAACGAUGAUGAGCCAGUACCAAAAAGGCAUAGUAGUGCAAACCUUAACACCCCUCUUGGAACCACGAUGAAUGCCGUUGGCGAAACAUCCGGAGUGGUGAGUGGAAUGCUUGAUACUGAAACAAAGGGAAAACAAAGUAAAACAAUGUCGGAUAGUGUUGGGCAACCAGUAACAACUAGUCCUACAACGUCCGAGGCAGCGUCCCCUCAACUGUCUUUGAAUCUAUCCAUCCCGAAUAUUACAAUUAUGAUCUCUGGUCAUUCACAAAUCAACACAGUUGAGACUCAUUUCGAAGGUAAAGCCAAUAAGAUACUCAUCUCGCCUUUGAUGAUAAUAAUAUUGGCAUUCUUAUAA